AUGACGUCCAAGAAUCGCGAUGAAGUAACAGAGAAACGGGAUGAAACCUCAGCUUGCCAGACUAAGAAUCGUCGUCAGUCCGAGAUAGAGGAACAUGAGAUCGUAAAACCUUUGAAAAAACCAGAUUUUAUGGAGAAACGGGUGGAUUUUAUAUUGUCAAAGGUGUCUGAAGGGGAGAAACAAAAUCAUAGAGAUGGGCAGCAGACAAGGACUGUGCAGAAAUCAGAGGAGGCGAGGAAGAAGCUGAGUAGUACAGUGGCAGCGGAUGAAUAUGAGAGGAUGGUGCUGGUGACAAAAAAGAAUAGGGAUGAUUCGUUGGUUGAAGCAAGGAGUGUGGAAGGGGCCAUUGCGCAGAUUCCUGAGGCGGAAAUCCUACCACAGAAUUCCCACAUUUUUAAUUACUGGUGGAAGAAAGAUUAUCCAAUAAUCAACAAUGGGUAUAGAACUAGUUGCUUUACGUUAUACAUUGAUAAUUUACCAGAGAAGAUUCAUUGGAAGCGGUUUUGA